AUGGACCUACGCAGGGCCACGGCCGAGGACGAUGUAUCAUCCACGACCGCUCCUACGUCGCCGCCCCUCAGGCGGCGUGUAUCGAUGGAGGAGGACCUCUACUACCAGCGUGUCAUGACAAGUCCGCGCCGACCCUCCCAGCCGCCUCCGUACCAGCCAGAGCGAGAUCCGCCGCCGACAACGUCGAAUGUCUCCCAUGAUGGGGAUCGUUUGGAGAAGGGGAAGGAGCUCACGACUGGUGGGGGCGGCGAAACUCAGCUUCAUCCAGAUACAGGAAAAGAAAGCCUGCCCGACUAUAAGAACUCAAUAUUACUGGAAGGUGUAUUUGACAAGAAACACGAAAUCGAAAACUUGAUAAAGAGGGCCGAGGACCGCCAAUGGUAUCCCGUUCAUGUCUGUUUGAAUGGAACAGCGCUUAGCAUAUAUGGUACCAAGAAAGCAUGGAGUUGGGGUAGAACACGCAGUGACGGGCCGUCGGUCGACCCAGAUAACCCUCCAUGGGUGAAGAGGGGCAAGCUUGAGAAGACAUAUAGCCUCUUAUAUGCGGAUGUCGGUAUUGCCGCUGACUAUACGAAGAGGCGAUAUACCAUCCGUAUUCGAGCCGAGACAGACCAAUUUCUCCUAUGCUGUAUCGAGCUGAGUACAUUUAACAAAUGGCUCGAAGGUCUGUUCGCGGCUAUCGAUAUUGCUCUGCCUCUGGAAGACCGAGAUUUCCCGCGUGAUAUGUCUAUUCCCCGAAUACAACGAAUUCGGUGGUUCCAUGGCCAAACGCCAACGGCUACAGCUAUUGAUUUGUCAGAACUAGGCAUUGAAGGAGGAUCUGAAGAAGUCUCUGCGACAACAAAUGAGGCUCGUCCAUCAGCGCCACCUCUGCGAUCAGCUCCAGAAUCUCAAACCAGGCUAGAACCUGAAAUCGAGGUUGAAGGAGAUGAAGAAGAAGUGGUUGAACCCCAUCCGCGAAUAGACCUUGCCCGUCGUCUCAGCACAACGUCAUACAACAACAUGGGCAUUGACCCUGUCGAUGGAAAAUGGAUACCAGAACAUCAGUGGUCGAGUGCUCAUGACUUGCUGUAUGCCAAGCUCUGUUACAGCAACCUACUCUUUAGAAGUCCCCGCAAAACACCAUACAUCAUCAGCAAUGGCAAGAAGUUCUAUGUUGAUUGGACGACAGGCCGAAUGGUCAGGGUCCUCCCGCCUGCCUACGGUGAGAUCGACUACUUUGGGGCUUGGCAAACGGUUCAUACCGAAAACAGACUUAUCUGA